ACCAGAGACGUCCGCGUCGCUCUUCGGCCCUACUUCUAGCCGCACCUUCUGAAUACCUAAACAUUCACUGACUUUCUUCUGCUUGCCUUUGAUUCCCUGCGUUUUUACUCGUCCGCCGCCACCGGAGUAGCGACGCCUCCCGACCGCUGUUAUUGCCGCAUCAUCUAUCAGUGCCCACCCUUCACCACCAACUUGCCCCGCGUGACUAGAAAUAGGCGCACACUACGCUCUCUCUACUUGCACCACUCCAUGCCUUAACUCUGCUGGAUCUCCAGCACCUUUUGCUGCUUUCGCUCCUUGCCACCUUUGUCCAACGCCGCCCAAGACCCCCCGUCGCAAACAUGCGCCCAUUACGCAUGCUACUCUCCUUCGCCAGCUCCUUCAUAGCCCUCGUAUUACUUAUAUUCACCGUCAUAGGCACAUCAGCCGUAGUCGAAGAACAGGAUGUCAUAUCAGUCGCGUCAAGUCGAGGCCGCUUCAAGGCCGCGUCCUUUUUUUCCUCGCCAGGCUCGCUGUUCCCACCGUCUGCCAUUAUCAGCCUGACCGACGACAACUCGACCUUCUUCCUCGCCCGCCCAGCCGCCUUCGGGCCCGAUCUGCCUAAAGAUGGUCUAAGCGGGCCUUUAUGGGUCGGUAGCGGCUUCGGAGACGAUACCUUGGGUGCGGGAGAGUUGGGGUGUAGUGACGUUCCGGGCUGGGAAGACGGCAAUGACGACCUUGUCGGCAUUUCUCAGUCAGCAGGGAGUAUCAAGGGCAUAUCCAAAGGGGACAGGGCGUCUGAUGCCGAGCAGGCCUCAGAGCAUGUCGCCCAAGACGAUGGCACAGACGACCAUUUACAACCCCACAUCGACAAAGUGCGCGUCAAGCCACGAGUCGGUCAUGCUGAUAUCCAGUCGCUCCAGGAGAGCGCCGAGAUUGCAGGCAAGGUCGUACUCCUCAAGCGCGGGGGCUGUGGUUUCCUGGCCAAGGUUCAAUGGGCCCAGUCUCGCGGAGGAAAGGCUGUUAUUGUGGGAGACGACGUUCGCGGCGGAGCUCUCGUUCGAAUGUAUGCCAAAGGAGAUACUUCAAAUAUCACGAUUCCGUCUCUGUUCACUUCGCACACGACUGCACAUCUCUUGUCUUCGCUCUUACCAUCCGAAGGUAGGCUGUCGCAAUCCACGCUGCCAAAAAUUGGCUCCGACACAACCAAGGACAAGAAUCAGCCUUCGUCUGCUCAAGCGUCGGACAAGGCUGCGCAGACAUCAGGCCACUUGAAGUAUUCUGCGGGGCCAGCCAAAGGCAAUACCAACGAGGAACGUCCCAGUUGGCUGCACUCGUUGCUGUCGAUGAUUGGCUUUGGUGCGAGCGACGGCUCUCCCAAAGCUGGUAGUCGAAGACUCCCCAACAGCGGCCAUCUCCAAUGGGUCGAGGCUAGCGAUUGGGAUGAUGACCAAAAGCCUAUCCGGACAAAGUCUGCCGCUCCUACUGCAACUUCCACAAAGGCAUCAGAUGAUUUCGUCAUCGGCGAGCAAGAUUGGCGCGAUCCUGACCUCCUGCCUCUCCCCUCAUCGUCAGCAAGUGGAACUCGGUAUCCAGCUAGCUCAACUCCAGUUGCCUCGAAAUCGGCUAGUAACGUACUGCCUGGAAGUGGCGAAUAUAACAACGAGAAAGCAACAAACAAAAACAAGGGCUGGUGGAGGCGGUCGUCUUCUCCCGAGGACGACACCCUACACCCAGUAUCGCACAAGCAGACGAGGAGUAUAACGUCAAUGACUGGCGCCCAUUCAGGCAAAGUCAAGACUUCACCACAUACUUCAGGUCGUCACCACGAAGGACUGUGGGUGACACUAACACCCACAAAUGUUUCGACUAGCCCCUUCUUUGAUACCCUCCUUGUGCUUGUUGUCAGUCCGUUGGUCACUCUUACUGUUGUGUACGUCCUGCUUCUCCUCCGGUCUCGCAUACGCCGCCGGAGAUGGAGGGCUCCCAAAUCUGUAGUUGAGCGCCUUCCUGUCAGAACCUACCAGACGAUUAGCGAAGCUUCGUCUGCUGCGACCUCCAUUGUAGCUUCCCCGACAACUCCUCUGCUUCAACACUUCUCCACUCCAUCCAGAUCGACCACUUCCCGAUCACACUCCACAAUAGAGUCUGAAGCGCCUGCCACAUCGACCUCUGUUCAACAGGAGACCCGUGAACAGGAAGAAGAGAAACGCGAAUCAGGGCUCGCCGCUUGGAGGCGCCGCUACGGUGGUCGACAGAGAGAGUGUGUUGUAUGUCUAGAGGAAUAUGUUGACGGUGUCAGUCGAGUCAUGAGCCUACCGUGUGGCCACGAAUUUCACGUGGAUUGCAUAACACCUUGGCUUGUUACGCGUCGGAGAACGUGCCCUAUUUGUAAAGGUGAUGUUGUGAGAACGCUUUCUCAAUCGUUCCACGACCGGCUGCAGUCCGUAUCGCCAACAGGUUCUCCACGACUAUUAGCCAACGGGGAUGACGUGCAGAAUCAAGCAGCUGAAGCUCGCAAUGAUUCGCCCUCGGCCUCGCGACCUGUACCGAUGUCCAGAUCUGGACCUAGCGACACAUCUCGGCUUGAUGAUGACGUGGAAGCUGGUUGGUCAAGAAACAAUUCAUCUGAGACCCGUGGAACUGAACUCGGAACAUCAUUUCGCGAGCUAGCAUCAUCAGUGUCUACUGUUGUGUGGCGAGGAGUUGACGCUGUUCGAAACACUACAGGUCUUCAGCGACGUUCUCCACCUGAAGACGUUGACCGCAAUCGCUAG